AUGACCAUCAAAGGACUAGUAAGAUUUAUAAAUAAGAAAAUUCCUAGUACGAUAAAAAAGAUUGAUGACAUAAAUAGUUUUAAGGGUAAAAAGUUUAUAAUCGAUGGAACCUUUUUUAUUUAUAAAUUUAUGUAUGUUGCGUGGAAACACAUAAUAAAUGAUAAAAAUCGUGAUUUAAAAUAUAAGGCGAACGAAUUAGCAACGCAUAUACUAAUAAGACAAUAUAUUAUUAAAAAAAGUAUUGAAUUAUUGAAAAAUCAACAUGAAUAUUUUAAAUCAUUAAAAAUUAACACACUGUAUAUAAUUGAAGAUAUUGGUGCGCGAUGUGAAUUACAACCUGUUGACUACAAAUGUAAAAAGCAUGUAUGGAAAGAAAGAGAAACUAUCAGAAAAAAAAAAAACUUAUUUGAUAUUUUAAAUGUGGAUUCUUCAAAAAAUAAUAUUUUAAAAAGUAAUGAUAAUAUUAAUGUAAAUGAUACUAAUACAAUUAAUAAUAAUUUUAAAAAGAAUAACAUUGUUAAUAAUUUUUUAUGUGAUCAAAAGAAUAAUAUAAGUAAUAUUUGUGAAAAGAAAAAUUUGAAAAAAAAAAAUCAAAUGGAAAUUAUUGUAGAUGAAGAUGGUAUACAUGAUUUAUUUAAGAAAAAUAUAUUUAUAAAAAUAAAUUCCAAAACAGCUAAUGAUAUUUACAAUUAUUUAUUACUAGAAAAUAUCCCUAUAUUUAUUACAAAAAAUGAUGCAGAAAAAGAAUGUGCAAUUCAAUGUUCUCAUGAAAGAGAUAUCGUUGUAUCGGAUGAUACUGACGCCUUAGCAUUUGGUGCACCUAAUUUAAUAAGAUUUAUAACAAAUAAAAAAAAAAGACACAUAAUUAAUAAAGAAGAACUUUUAAAUGAAUUAAAUAUAAAUUAUGAGCAAUUCAUAGAUUUUUGUAUUUUAUCAGGUUGUGAUUAUAGUGCAAAAAUUCCUGGUAUUGGUCCUGUAAAAGCCCAUGAAAUUAUAAAAAAAUAUAAAACUAUUGAAACAUUUCUAGAAUCAAAUGCUUUUAAUAAAUAUAAAAAUUCCAAAUUAUUUAACCAAAAAUUAAAUGGAACAUCUAUGUCUUUAAAUGAUUAUAUUCUGAAUGAAUUUACCUAUGAACAGGCAAGAAAAGUCUUUUUCAAUUCCUACUGA